UCGGCGCCCAGCAUCGGAGGCACUGCACCGGUGCAGCCGGGUCCCAAGCGACAGGGAAGCUUCUCGAACGUCUUUUCAAAGCUAAUCGAUGGUAUGCCCGCCGGCACAAUGUUUGCCAAAUUCAAGAGCACCAACGUGGCCGCCGCCACAGCCACUCAGAGUGUCGCCGAUGGCAAUCCCAUUACGCAGUACUUCGAAAUCGGUAAGCCGGUGGCCUGUGCCGGCCCAGAGUUGGUAUGGCGCAUCCACGACGCAUACCGCAAGAGCGACAACAAGGAAUGUUCGGUGUUUAUAUUCGAGAAGAAAAUUGCGGAGAAGCUGCACAAGCCGCGACGCAAGGAGACCAUAACGGAGCUGCUGAAGAGUUCGGUGAAGACACUGGAGCGUUUCCGUCAUCCGCGGAUACUACAAAUCUAUCACACGGUCGAGGAGAGUGCGGAUACGCUGGCCUUCGCCUCCGAGCCCAUCUUCGCCAGCCUCUCGAAUGUGCUGGCCUUUCACGAGUCGAAGACCUACGAGACCACCAAUGUGACGCCGGCGGCGGGCGGAGCGGCAGCGGCCCAGGCGCAGGCGGCGGCGAACACUUUGCCCCAGCGACCGGCUCAUGCCAAGGAAUACAGCUUCUUGGACAUGGAGCUGAAGUACGGCUUUCUCCAGCUGACCGAGGCUUUGGCAUAUCUGCACUAUUCCGGUCACGUAAUUCAUCGCAAUGUGUGUCCAUCCUCUAUACUAAUAACCAAGCGCGGUAUCUGGAAGCUGGCCGGCAUGGAAUAUGUGGAGAGGAUGAACGAGAACGAUUUGAACAGCUCCAUUCCGUGCCCGCCUUGGAGCAACCGAGUGUCCAAGAUGGCCCAGCCGAAUCUCGACUUUAUGGCUCCCGAAACUCAGUCAACGUCCAAGUGCAGCCUGCUAAGCGACAUGUUCUCACUGGGAAUGGUGAUCUGCGCGGUUUUCAACAACGGAAGGCCCCUGAUACAGGCUGGCAACUCCACCUCCAAUUAUGCGAAGCAAAUGGAAUCGCUGGAUGAUAUGGUCCACAAGCUGAUGCCCAGGCUGCCAAUCGCCCUGCAGGAGGCCACUUCACGGAUGGCCAGUCGGGAUGCAACGGCCAGGCCCACCGCCCAACUGCUGCAGCUCAUCAAGUACUUCAUCGAUACGCCCAUAAACGCUCUCAAAUUCCUGGACGUGGUCAACAUGAAGGACACGCAGCAGAAGUCCCAGUUCUACAAGACCACCUUGAUAGAGGCCAUGCCGUUGAUACCACGAAAACUCUGGUGGCAGAACAUCUGGCCCAUGCUCAAGUCGGAGAUCAACAAUAACGAGGUCCUUGCCGCUGUCCUGCAGCCGGUCAUGCUCUUUGUCCAGGAAGCCACGCACACGGAGUACGACAACCUCAUGUCGGCCACCAUGAAAAUCAUCUACAAUACACCGAAAUCCAUUCAGGCCAGCGUUACGAUACUUGAGAAUUUGCAUUUGAUUAUCGAGAAGACGAAGCCGGAGGAUGUCACCACAGAUAUAAUGCCGAUGUUGUUCUACUCCUUCGACGGCUCCACGAUACAAGUGCAGAGUGCUGCCGUUGUGGCUGUGGCCAAUGUGUUUGAUAGCAUCGACGAGCUCUCCAUCCGGCGAAUGGUCCUGCCCAAGGUGAAAAUGGUGUUCGAGAAGAACAUAACCGAUCCGAAGAUAGUGCAGAAUGUCCUUAUGUGCAUCGAGCGAGUCAUGGACCGCAUGGAGCGGGCUCAGGUCAUGGAUGAGGUCCUGCCGCUUCUGGCCAACAUUCGCAUUCCCGAUCCCGAUAUCAUCAUGCGUACUGUUCGCAUCUAUCAUAAACUGUUUGUGGACAAAACGUACGGACUGACCGUGGAGACGAUGGCCACCAAUGUGCUGCCCCUGCUCAUUCCGCAUACCGUCAAUCCGGCACUCAAUUUCGAGCAUUAUUGCUACCUGCUGGAGGUGCUGCAGCAAAUGCUGGAGGCAAUCGAUCGGCAGCAGAGGAACAAGUUGAAGCUGGACAACCUGUCGAUGGCCUCGCCGGAACGCCACCGCACCCUGCGCCACCAAUUCUCGACGGACAACAUGAACGCGCCGCCCUUCAACAUUCCCAACUUGCGUAUAGAUCAACGCAAAACUUCCAGCGCCGAGGACAUGGCCCGCAAAAAUUCUGGCGGCUCUGGCAUGCUGGGCGGCUGGUGGUUCGGCUGCUCGCCAUCCUCGCCGGAUAGCAAUUUCCUGCGCGUGGGCAACGUGUUCCCCAACCGGCGGCUGUCGGACAACACACUGAUGACCCCCAAGAUCCGGAUCGCGCCCUCGUGCGCCUCCUCGCCGGGUGGAACUCCUGGCAGCGGGCUGCCGACGAGGCGCCACUCGAGCAUUGGGCCGCAGGAGCGGCGGGGCUCCACCAUCAAUUUGUCACCGCCAACUUACGGUGCCCGCGGUAGCUCUGGAUCGAGUCUAUCGGUGCCAUCCACUUCAGUCUAUGUUAAAUCUCCUUUAUUGUACUCCCAAAAACAGGGUGGCUCCAUGCCGAACACCUCGAGCAGUGUUCCGUUCCUGCUGUCGUCCAGUAUGCAGUCGAUAAGGUCGCGCCGCCAGUCCACCGUCCUGUCAUCGGGUCCACUCGGCUCCGGAUCGGGGCUACUGCAGCAGCUGGGAUCCGGCAUGUAUCAACUAUUCUCCGGACGUAACUAAAGAUACAGAAACGCAAACAGAUAAAUACAUUCAAAAGAAUCCAAUUACUUUUCAAUGCAAUUUCGGUCCAUUUAUGAAACACCAGUAAUCAACUUAUAUUAGCGGUAUAUAAAUAUAACAUUGUAAACGUAUACCAAGAGCAAGCUUAACUAAGUAUUUUCAGUCGAAACUCUAAAUGUUGUUAGCCAAUCCAAUUCGAUGUGACCAAAGCAACAUAUUAAUCACAAAUGAAUUGUAAUUUAACCAAAACAAAAGUGUCAAACACAACCCAAAAAUCAAACAAAAAAUUCACGAUCCAGAGAAAACCAAAAAAAAAAACAACACUAUGCAGAAUGCAAUCAAUUCAUAGAAACCCUAACUAUUCUUGAAUAUAUUUAUUAUGAAUGUGUACGCUAGUUUAAAAUACAUGUCAAAUAUUCAGCCACUAUCACUAUACAUAGCAUUUAAAUAUUCUUUUAAUUUAAACAAUUUAUGACCGAACCAUAUCAUAAGACAUCAGCAAAGGAAGAAACCGCCCAAUGCAAUUAUAAUUAUUUAUUUAUUUUGCCAACAUCAACCAUAUCGCUAUCUCAGAUAAAAAUAAGAGGAAAUCAUGUACCUACAUCGUACCUAGCACCAUAAAAAUCAAACUAAUCACAGAGCUUUACAGCAAACGCAAUCAAAAUGAAUAUAAAUAACCACGAAUGUAAAGAGAAGUUUAUUUUUAGCCAAGAACCUCGAGGGUUCCCGCCUGCGCUUUACAGUGAUGAAUCAUAUAUAUUCCCCAUCAUUCAAAUCCAUUAAAUAUACACUCUCUGUUCGAACGGAAUAAGUCCAACCACACCCAAAACUACUACUAAGGUGAAUACACGAAACCAACCCAAGGUCCAACGAUCCAAUAUCUACCGAUCCGAAAUAGAACCAGAUCAAUUAAUGAAGCCGAUGUUCGAUGUUCCUGAAGGCAAUCUCAAUCUCAAACUUAUAGUCAAUUUGUAUAAUUGGGCAGCUAAAUGCGCGCAUAAGUGUGGUAAAUGGUAAACUCUUGAAACUUUAUAGUGAAGAAGUCAUUAAUGUAUUCAUUACGUAAACUGCAAAUAAAGCGAUUAUCAUUGUUGUGGUAUGUUUAGCGGAAUAUAAGUGAAAAACUAAAACCAAAUAUGAAUUUAUAUAUGUAUACAAUCAAGAAGCAAGACGAACUCUACCUAGGACACACUAAAACCUACUUUAUAUACACGUAUGAUGUAUGCUCUGAAUAACACGAACGGAAACGGGACAAUCAAAAUUCUACCGACACUAAAUCAUUACAAAUUACGGAAUUACGAAUUUCCAACUACCAAUUAAAUUUUUCUGUUACGUUGUUGUCGUUGUGUUUGUUCGAUCCGUUGGAUCUGCGUUUAGUUAAGGCCAGCUAAUGAUCUUGAAACUACAGCAUAUCCUUGCCAUGCACCUGAUUCUGCUUUGCAUUUUGUUCAGUCUGAGUUUUCGUUUAUUUCGGUUACAUUUUGCGAUCUUAGACAAGGCAUAUCUAUAUGGUUUACUAGCGUUUAAUCGUACGUAUACAUACUUAGAUUUACUUAAUUUUAAUUAAUGUUUACGUGAGGACACACAACUAAACAAACCAAAAAAGAAAAAGAAAAAAAGGGGAAAACGAAAAGCUCAAACUGGACUGAACAUUUAAGAAUUAUAUUAUGUACAUUAUUGAAUUGCAUUUGAUUGUGUGAAAAGAUCGUUUUAAUGAGAGUAACUACGGUUAAUAUUAAAGGGUAUUAUAUUUGUAUUCGAAUUUGUAUGUAACUCUGAUCGUAUGUAUGUUAUGUUAUCGUAAGUGUGACAUCCUAGAACCUGUAAUGAAAUUGAAAAAAUUAAGCCAACUCUGUCUCUUGUGAUUCUAUUGUGAUGCUAUGGGAGUCAAGCAGCACUCAACUGUUUUUAUGCCUCUUAAAGUUUAAAACAAAGCUAAUCAAAGCAAAACCAAAACUAAACUACCUAUCUCUACUCUAGUCUAUGCAAUGCAAAUUGGCAACCAGAACUAUUGAAAACAAUCAUGCACAAUAAAUGUUAUGCAAUUGAGAGAAUCCAAGGCCAAAGACCCUAAACUUUUUCUUAUACUCGUACUUACACUACUUGAAGUAAUUGUGUACAACUAAAGGAAUUCUAGAUUUUAAAUGUGCUAAAACUGUUUAUAGUCAAGUACUUAAUUAUGAAUGUAAUUAUCGAAUAUUAAUACGUACAAAGGUUGGGGCAUUCGGCAUAGUAAUACUAAUGUAUAAACGUGGGAUCGAUGGUUGAUUAAAGAUGGAAAAGUGCUAAUGCAUGUGACAAUGUACGUAUAUAACAAAAAUUGAAUUUAAAUGUUUAAUAAAUGUGUGGAAA